ACCUGACGAAACAUCUUCUCGAAGCAUCUUCAGAUAGUUUAGUUCUUCGUCUUCGUACCAGCGAAUAACUUGUCGCAAUGAGGGGUGUUAGUGUUUUGUUGAUUCUGGGGGUUCUCACGAGAUGGACAUCUACGGCAGUGUUUUUGAACCAUCGGCCAUUUCCGACUUACAGCUUGGAGAACAUGCCAAGUACUCAGUUUUCUUGCAGAGAGAAAAUACUAGGAGGAUACUACGCUGAUCCAGAUACGCAAUGCCAGAUGUUCCAUGUGUGUGUGAAAGUUGCGGGCAUUGGGGUUCAAGAUUUCCGUUUCUUGUGUCCAAAUGGUACUGCCUUCGACCAAGACCAUCAAAUCUGUGCGGAAUGGGAAGAUGUGGAUUGUGACGCCAGCACACUAUAUUACUCCAGUGAUAAUUUUGAUUUGUACCGCAUCGGAUCAGGUUUUGAGUCAAAAGCAGUCCGAUACGGCGAAGAAGAAGAAACUUUUGCCCUUCAAAGAGCCGAGACCGGUGACAUCAGACUUAACAGAGAACCUCAAACGCAAGUAGUUAACCAACAAAAGGACUACCGCAGACCUGCUGUGAAGAAGAACUACAACAACAACAAUAACAACCAGGAAAGGGACAUCUUUAAGGGAUCCAGCAGCUCGAACUUUUUCAAUAAUAGAAACAACGGAAAAGAAAACGACGAUGAUUAUGACGAUAAUGUCAAUAUUAAUCAAAAUAAUGACUAUCAAGGAAGGAAAAUUGUUCGAAAACUUCAAAGAAAACCAUCGCAACAGAACAAUCAACAACAAAGUAGUCAGCCGCCUAAACAACAAGUUACUUCAAGCCCAAGUAAUAAUUUAAGAGGACGUAAUCAACGUCCAAGAAAUAACGCAGUGAGUCAAAAUGUGAACAAUUCUCCUACCCCAACUUAUACUGUAAGCACUCCUGCUCCCUUCAGACAGAAUCCUAGCACAUCUAACAGAGCAAACACUCAGACUUACACUACUACAACUACUUCAGAAAAUUAUCCUAAAUCUAAACCCACCACAGCUCCUGUUAAUUACAAUUACAAUUUCGACGUUCAGAAAAACACCAAACAAACUGAAAACUAUCCGUCAAAUAAUCCCAUUUAUUCCAAAACAACUACACCCGUAGCUAAUAACUUUAACACAGCUUUCAGUAAAGAGCAGAGUAGUGUACGUCAAUACGAUAACCCAAGACCCACGACGUUCUCACCAAGUGCAAAACCGUUCAGUUUACCAAACCAUGCUUCCCAACAAAAUACACAAACUUCCAACACAUUCCCCACCACCUUCGCACCAAGGACACAACAAGCUUUUACUCAAAUCGCUCAGAAAACAAUACAACAGAACACGUAUAAUACUCAAAAUCCUAGCACUUUUAACCAACAGUUCACCCAAAGUACGACACAAAAAUCAUCCCCAUUCACACAAUAUACACCAACUGUUCCUAAAAUCUCACCUACCACCCCUGUGAGCAGAUCAAACAGAUUUGAUGAAACUCAAUAUGACGAUGGAUCGUACAAUUCUAAAUACGACUACAAUGGAGACGAUGAAUUUUUGAAAACAGCUCACAGUCAAAAUAUCGCCAGUAGUAGAAAUGAACUUGCAAAAACACAAAAGCAAGCUCAAAGCACCAGCAUUACGCAGAAACCUUAUGUAUCAUCUACUUCAACGUCAUAUCCCACGAGACAAACUGAAAAUUAUCCAAAACCAACUCAAUAUGCUGCCUCUAGGAAUACACAAGUCACUCAAAAAGUUGUAGAAAAAAGACCUAAAGAAUCAAGUCCAAAAGCACCUCCUAAAAAGGUUAAAGAUGUCAGUUAUGAUUAUGCUUAUUAUGAUAGUUUAGCUGCCGAACCAGACUACCAAUUAGAUUUGGACAUCAAAAAGGAGAAAAACUAAAUCUAGCUAAGUCAUUCAUAUAACCUAUUGUAUUUUUGUUGCGUGUGUUGUCAGAAAAUG